GCCCCAUCCCCCCCAUCACAGCCCCUCUCAGCUCAUUUGACGUCACCAGCAACCUCCUCUCGGGAACCUUCCCCCCGCGCAAAACGCCCAUCAAGGCCUGCCUCGCGGGGGGAAACUGCUAAUGUGUUCCUUGGCUCCUUUGACGUCUCCAGACUCCAGCAACCUCCUCUCCUCUGCACUCUCUUCUUACCCCCCUUCCUCCUCCCAUCCCCACCCCCCGUUUCCCCCAGCCACCUGCCCUACAACUUUCUCACAGGCCCCAUCCCCCCCAUCACAGCACCUCUCAACUCUUUCGACGUCACCAACAACCUCCUCUCGGGAACCUUCCCCCCGCGCAAAACGCCCAUCAAGGCCUGCCUCGCGGCGGGAAACUGCCUGGGAGAUGCGUCGGCAUGCGCAGUGGGGGCCGGGCAGCAGCGGGCGGACAUGGGGGAUGCGUAUUGUGAGGCGGUGGUGGGGGACUUGUGCCGCCCGGCGCCGGAAGCCGGGGAGACGUGGCAAGACCAGGUGGCUCUGCGCUGCUCCUCCCGUGAGUUGAGGCUUAUGGCGAGCGUCAUGUCGGCCACUGAUUCAAUGGAACCUUUCGUGAAUGAACCUGAACCUCCCCUGGAUGCACCAGAAGAGGCAGAGCAGACCAAAGGCCCUGAGGAAUCACCUCUGCACUGCACUUUGCCUUGCCUCACUGUGCCCCUUUCCACCCCUUCCCACCCCUUCCCCUACCAGCGAGCGUCAUCUCCGCCACCGAUUCAAUGGAACCUCUCGUGA